AUGUUCAAGUGUAUACCCUUGUUCCCGGCGUGUAACAGGCAAGUGGAGUACCUGGACCGGCGACAUUGGAACCUCAUCACUGUACCUGAUGAUGUUCUUCGAUACUCCAGGAGUUUAGAGGAGUUACUUUUGGAUGCCAACCAAAUCCGGGAGUUACCACGGGGAUUUUUUAGAUUGUUACAACUUCGUAAAUUGAGCUUGAGUGAUAAUGAAAUCGGACGGUUACCUCCUGACAUUUCUAAUUUCGUUAAUCUUAUGGAGCUGGAUAUUAGUAGAAAUGAAAUAUGUGAAAUUCCAGAGAAUAUCAAAUUUUGCAAAAACUUGCAAGUGUUUGACCUUAGCAGCAACCCUUUAGCAAGGCUCCCAGAAGGGUUGACACAGUUAAGAAACUUGACUCACUUAGGGCUGAAUGACGUGUCCAUAUCUAGAGUUCCAUCUGAUCUUGGAGGCUUGGCAAAUUUGGUUUCCUUAGAGCUGAGAGAGAACUUGUUAAAAACUCUCCCACCAUCUUUAGCACAACUGACAAAACUUGAGAAUCUUGAUUUAGGCAGUAAUGAAAUUGAAGUUUUGCCAGAAACUAUUGGAGAUUUAUACAGUUUACAAGAACUCUGGCUAGAUUGUAAUGACCUUGUCCAAUUACCUCGGGAAAUUGGCCAAUUGAAAAAACUUACACAGUUGGAUGUAUCCGAGAAUCGUUUGGAGUCACUGCCAGAGGAGAUUGGGGGCUGCCACAACUUAACAGAUUUGUGCCUUUCUCAGAAUAAUCUUGAAACCUUGCCAGAGGGCAUUGGUUCUCUAAAGAAGCUAUCAAUUCUCAAGUGUGACCAGAACAAACUUGUGAUGCUGUCCCCUCAAAUUGGAAACUGUGAAUCUGUUCAGGAAAUGAUCUUAACCGAAAAUUUUCUCACAGAAUUACCAGUGACCAUUGGGAAAUUAAAGAACAUGAAUAAUCUGAAUGUGGACCGCAAUCGCCUCACUGAGAUUCCCAUAGAAAUUGGUAAAUGUUCCAAACUUGGAGUUUUAUCUUUGAGGGAUAAUCGAUUACUUCGUCUCCCUCAAGAACUUGGUAACUUGAAGGAACUUCAUGUUAUGGAUGUUUCGGGAAACAGAUUAGAGUACUUGCCCUUCACAGUGGCUAACCUGAACCUAAGUGCAUUAUGGUUGUCGGAAAACCAAGCCCAGCCGAUGGUAAAGUUUCAGACCGAUUUUGAUGAGCGUACCGGUCAGAAGGUGCUCACCUGUUUCCUCCUUCCCCAGCAGGCUUUCCACACGGAGAGCAUGGAAAACCUAUUGCGUGACAGCAUAGCCACAGACCAAGACAGCCGGUCUAGUUGGCCAGAGCGAAGCCGGGGCAGUGUUGUUCACUUCCCAGAAAGUGAAGGUUCUGAGGAUGAAGAAAGCCCUUCAGAGGUAAGCACAGAUGAGGGUACCAAUUUGAGACGUCAUGGUACCCCACAUCCUCGAGAAUUGAAGACCCGGCAUGCUAAACUGCUGAAGAAGGAGAUUGAUGGACACGUCAUUCCGCACGAAGAGAAAAAAGAUCAGUCUUUUAUGCCACAACGAGAUCCUCGCUGGCUAGAAGAAUCUGAUGAUUCUGCUUAUUUGGAGAAGAAGACCAUACCACCAGCUAUGAUGACCAAACCUCCUCGAGAGAAUGAUAUUUACCAGCCACCUGCAGCUGAUGUUAGCUAUCAGCCUACUGUAUCAGCUCCACCAAAAGAAGAGGUCACGUUGGAGGAGGAGGAGGAAGAAGAGGAGGAGGAGGAGGAGGUACAAGCUCAGCCUGAAGUUGAAGUAGAAGAAACUGAAGAACAGUCUAAAGAGACUGAGCCUCUCUUGCCCUCACGCUUACCCUUAAAACCUCGCCCUAGUACAGCUAGUCCCCAGAUAGAUUCAGAUGAGAUGGACAUGUCUGUGUCCAUAGAGAAAUCAUUGCAACCUAAUGACUCUCUUGAUACUGACUAUAUUGAGAAUGAACAAGAGAAUGGGGAUAUUGGCACUUCUGAAAAUGAAUAUGCAGAUGACGAGGUAGAUCCCCAACGCAGGCGUGUCAUUUUCCCCCCUGAGAUUGAAGAUCAGCCUGAGAAAGAAAAUAAACUCCGGCGCCGGGAUACACCGCACCACUUAAAGAACAAGCGCAUCAACGUGACGGCCUCGAAGGACGAUGCGGAUCAAGUGCGCGAAAUCCUGGCCCAGGCGGUUGCUGCUGCCAAAUUGGACAAAAUGGAGGAGCAGUCAAUCCUCAAGGAAUCUAUGUCUGAAGCUGUUGAUGCUGCCGUAGCCUCCUCAGUUGAAGAAGUAGAAGAAGAAGAAAUUAAAUUACAUGUUACCAGACUUGUUGGACAAGGCUUAGGAAUUAGCAUUUCUGGUGGUAAGGGUUCUACACCUUAUAAAGGAAAUGAUGAGAGUGUUUUUAUAUCAAGAGUUGCAGAAACUGGUCCAGCUCAUCAGUGUGGUGUCAAAGUGGGUGACAGAUUAAUAUCUGUCAAUGGUAUCUCUUUGGAAGAUGCUGACCACUAUAGGGCUGUUGAAGUGCUGAAGAACAGUGGUUAUGACAUCACUCUUGUAGUAGCUAGAGAGCGGCCUGUAACCCGUCCAGAAAAUAUGAUGGCCGAGGAGGAAGAUAAUACUGGUAUUGCCACUGUAAGUUUUACUGAAGAGCCAGAAAUGGAAGUGUAUGGCGAAACAAUUUCUACAGUAUUGACAAGGGAUCAUAAUGGUCUGGGCUUCAGUAUUGCUGGUGGUAGAGGUGCCACACCCUUUAAGGCAAAUGACCAUGCAAUUUACAUUUCCCGUAUUGUGGAAGGAGCUGCUGCUCAUAGAGAUGGAAAAUUGUUGGUUGGAGAUAGAAUUAUUUCAAUCAAUGGUGUUGAUAUGCAAGAUGCACGUCAUGACCAAGCUGUAUCAUUAUUAACUGGAAUAGACAAAGAGAUUAAGCUUGUGGUAUAUCGUGAACGCCUGGUUCCCAAAGAUGCCAGCAACAAUCUUGAAGCUCCUAACAUGCAAAAAUUGCCUCACAUGACUCAGCCUCGCAUUACCUGGACGAAUAAGCCACCUGAUGCAUCUGUGCCAACACUCUCCAAUAUGACUCUUAAUCAACCAAAUGUUUCUGCAGAUUCUGUUGGCUAUAACACAGAAGUUCCCAUCACAUAUACACAUUUACUGAAGCCUUCUGCAGCUCCUACAUCAGUUUCGAGCAGUUUACAGACUUCUCCUGCACUACAAAUUGUCAGAAACCAAUCACAUUCACCUAACAUUUCCUCUGCUAGUACAUCACCAUCUUUUCGGACUUUGUCAUCAGACUGGUCAACUCCGGCACCAACAAUUCAGCCACCCCGCUUUCAUUAUCCAGGUUUUAAUAAGUCUCCUACAGCGUCCACAAAAUCCACUUCAAAUGAACAAAGAGACCCCACUACUCAAGCCAGAGCAUCUCCUGUUGGUUCUUACCAAUCCCCUCUACGAAAUAAACCCCAUAUUGACUCUAGACCUCCUGUCAGUGGCAGUGGUGUAUCUAUCACUACUAACACCACUGUACCUUCUGUGUCAGGGACAAACUCUACACCAUUGCUACCUAAAGCCAAUAUGAACCAUGAUGAUUUGCAUGCUUAUCCCGUAGAGGACAUCAUCAUCAGCAAAACUGGAGGACCACUAGGGCUGAGUAUUGUAGGAGGUUCUGAUCAUUCUUGCCUACCAUUUGGAGUUGGUGAACCAGGUGUCUUUGUGUCUAAGAUCGUCAAAGAUGGUAUUACAGCUUCAACAAAUCUUAAAUUUGGAGAUCGAAUUCUGGAAGUAAAUGGUAAUGAUGUGACAAAUGCAACACAUCAAGAAGUGGUUAUGGCACUCAUUAAUCCUGGUCCUCAAUUACAUCUAAAAGUACGACAUGAUCCUCCACUUCCAGGUCUACAGGAAUAUUCUAUUCACAAAGGCUCGAGAGAGAAGUUAGGCAUGAGUAUUAGAGGAGGUGCCUUAAAUUACGCAGACAACACAAUCGACCGAACAGAUGAUGGUAUUUUCAUAUCCAAGAUUGCUCCUGAUGGAGCAAUUGCUCGGCAUGGGAAGCUCAUGAUUGGACAGAGAAUAUUAGAGGUAAAUAAUGAGAGUUUACUUGGUUCCAGUCAUAAAGAAGCUGUAGAUGCCUUGCGCAGUGUUGAAGGAAAUUUUACAAUUCUUGUGUGUGAUGGCUGUUCUGAAGAGGAAGAUCUCCUUAACAGUGCAAUGAUACCUUCCCCAGUGACACCCGUUUUGUUCAAGCCAUUAUCAACCUCUAAUUAUAGUAUUGACCAGAUGGAUUCCUCCUUUACUAUGCAACAGCCUGAACAAGUGAUAGAAAUUGAAAAUGAAACCGAGACAGAAAAAGCAUUUACUCAGGCAAAAGCUGUUAGGUUGGAAACAGCACCAAUGAUUCUUCAGAUGCCAAGCAAGGGCCCAACCCUGAAAGCACCAGAUGCAGGUCCCAUCCUCAGAGCACCAGAUGCAGGUCCCAUCCUCAGAGCACCAGAUGCAGGCCUAACCUUGAAAUCACUUGAUGCAAACCCUACUCUCAAAGCUCUAGAUGUUGGUCUUACAGCACAAGUGAAAUCAGAACCAGUGAUCCCUAACCAAGACUCACUGAAUGUAACAUCACCUACAACACCAAGCAAAUCAAAUAUCCCAAUUCGCUCAAAAGCCCGAACUGGACCCAAGCCACCUGUUCCAGCGAAAAGAAAAUCAUUGACUCUUCAGUCCAAGAUAAUGUCACCUACAGAAACUCUCUCUCCAGAGGGUCCUAAAUCUGCCAUACGCUCAAAUGCUGUCCCACGCAUGAACAGUACAUCUUCUCCCAACCAGGCACCAACACUUCGUUCUACAUCUCCCAGCACAUCACCUGUUCUUGGCACUCCUUCUGCACAGAACAAUGUUCGGCCAGUGUCCCCAAAUAAACCUGCUGUAGAAACUGAAUUUAUUGACCCUAUCAAGCAGUCUAAACAACCUUCAGGAUUGCCUCUGAAUACUUCAGUGGUGAGUUGA